AUGAAUAGAGGAAACUAUUUGGAGCUUUUUCAUUGGCUUGCUGCACAUAAUGAAGACAUAAACAAGGUUUCACUUAAAAAUGCUCCUAAUAAUUCUCAGUUGGUUUCUUCUGAUAUUCAGAAGGAUAUUUGCAUUGCAGCUGCAACUGAGGUCACUAAUGCUAUUAUCAGGGAUAUCGGCAAUGCAACUUUUACUAUUUUGAUUGAUGAAUCUAGAGAUGUAUCGACCAAGGAGCAGAUGGCAAUUUCUUUGAGAUAUGUUGAUAAAAAAGGGGAUAUAAUUGAGCGUUUUAUUGGGGUUGUACAUGUCGCCAAUACCACUUCUGCUGUACUUAAAGAUGCCAUUGAUCAAAUGGUUGCUCUUCAUAAAUUAAGUUUAUCAAGUUUGCGUGGUCAAGGUUAUGACGGAGCAAGUAAUAUGCAAGGAAAGUAUAAGGGGUUGAAAGCACUAAUUUUAGAAGAGAAUCCAUGUGCUUUUUAUGUUCAUUGUUUUGCUCAUCAACUUCAAUUGGCUCUUGUUGAUGUCGCAAAAAAUCACUUCCAAGUUAAAUUUCUUUUUGAAAUUACUUUGAAGAUCAUGAAUAUUGUAGGAGCAUCUUGUAAAAGGCAAGAGAUACUUAGAGCUAAACAACAUGACAAAGUUAUUGAAGCACUCAAGAAAGGAGAGAUAAUUAGCGGAAGAGGCUUGAAUCAAGAAAUUAAUUUGCAAAGGCCAGGUGAUACUCGAUGGAGCUCAUAUUAUAAUACUUUGCUUAGGCUUAUAUCCAUGUUUUCUUCUGUUGUUGAAGUACUUGAAGUCAUUAUGGUUGAUGGUGUUAGUUCGGAACAAACUGUUGAAGCAUGCAUGUUGUUGGAGGCAAUACAGACAUUUGAUUUUGUGUUUACAAUGCAUUUAAUGAAGAGUACCUUGGCCAUUACUAAUGAGUUAUCACUUGCAUUACAAAAGAAAGAGCAGGAGAUCGAGAAUGCCAUGCGGUUAGUGUAA